CGAGAGGCCGAAUACCUACCAUCCUGGGUUUUCGCCUUGCUCGAUCUCUCGCCCUCCUCGCUCAUAUCGGAUUGCUGCGAUUAUAGUAAGCCUUCCCAGGAAGGCUCUCUCCACCGCCUGGCGUCAUGGCCGACGUCCGGUCCAAGAACCUCUACGAGCUUCUUGGCAAUGACCCUGAACUCGACCCCGAAAGACCUCCUACUCCCCCUACACGAGCCCUCGAUCGGCCCGUAGCUCGCCACGGCAAGCGUGAGGCUCCCAAGGAAGCUCCCAGCCAACCCCGUGAGAACGCCCCUCGUCGUGCCGGCCGCACGACUGGCAACGAGGCUGCUUUCCGUGACCGCAAUGCUGGCCGCGACCAGAACCGCGAGAAGCCCACCGAGGAGGGCAGCCAGCCCCAGCGCCGGGCUUUCCGUGGCGAGCGUGGCGACCGUUCCCGCAACGACCGCCAGUCUCGCACCGGUGUGACCGACACCCGCAAGCAGGUUGAGCAGGGAUGGGGCGCCAACAACGGCGACAAGAACUGGGAUGACGAGCGUGCCGCGGAGAAGAUCGCCAAGGGCGACGAGAACGAGCCCCAGACCCCCGCCGAGGAGAAGCCCGAGGAGCCGGUUGACAAGUCCAAGUCGUACGCCGACUACCUGGCCGAGCAGGCUGCCAAGCUUAGCUUGGCCGCCAAGCCCGUCCGCGCCGCCAACGAGGGUAGCAAGACCGACAAGAAGUGGACCGCCGCCAAGGAGUUCAAGCGCGACGAGGAGGACGAGGAGUACAUCAAGGCUUCCUCCGAGAAGGCCAAGCGCGAGAAGCAGCGCAAGGAGAAGAACUUUGUCGAUGUCGACAUGCGCUUCGUCGAGCAGCCCCGUGGCGGCCCUGCCCCCCGUGGUGCUGGCCGUGGUGGCCGUGGUGGCCGCGGUGCCCCCCGUGGCGCCCGUGGUGCUGCUAACGGUCCUCGUGGUGGUGGCCGUGGUGCUGCCGCCGCUGCUGGUGCUGCCGGCCCUACCGUCGACGAGAAGAACUUUCCUACUCUGGGCGGCAACUAAAAAAAAUGAGGAUACCUCGCCCUCUACUCCGCUCAAACAACAUCUUUUUUUUUUGAGCCCAAAACUUAGUCGGGAAAUCAUCCCUGAUUCAUUUUUUUCUAUUUUAUGUACUAGCUGUCCAACCCUCGCACAGCCGACACGAUAAUAUGGAACGAUGGGAAGAUGAUCCGCCUCUACGGAGUAUGCCAUGCCCCCCUCCCCCUUUCUAACCCCUCGACGCCCAAAAAAAAAAGAAAAAUCUUGCAUUCGGCCUGACCAUGAUAUGACUUGGCCUAUGUAUUUUUGAUUUGCAGGGGAAAAUAAAAUGUUACGUUUA